UAGGUAUCACUAUAAAUAGUAUCAACAAAUUCGUGUAAUGAACUUGACCACUCUAUUCCGUUUGCUGCAGUUCGUGAGUUAACUUUACGUAUUCCGAGAUUUUGAAAGAUGCGUUCGUCCAGUUUCUUGUUUUUCCUUAUGAGUGCAGUAUUAGUUUCAGUUUCAGAGGCUUUGACUGACAGGGAAAUCUUCGCGAAAACGGUUUAUGGUGAAGCUAGAGGUGAGCCUCAAGAAGGGCAAAUAUGGGUAGCUUGGGUCAUUAAAAAUAGAGCCAGAGCGAAUAAGUCGUAUUGGGGUGGAAGCAAAAUAGGGGAUGUCUGUCGUAAACGUUUGCAAUUUUCAUCUUGGAAUGGAAAGACUGAUAUCGUUAUCAACGAGCCUGCAAAAUAUCAACAAAUACUUCAGCUCACUAACGCGAUAUAUGAUGCACCAGCCAGUCAAGACCCCACUGGUGGAUGCGAUCAGUUCCACAGCAAAAAAAUGAAGAAAUAUCCUAGCUGGACGAAGAACUGCAAAGAGGUUAAAACGAUUGGAAAUCAUAUCUUCUACAAAUCCCUGUAAAAUAUGCGGAUUCUCCCUAUCAUUCAUGUUAGUUUUUCUCAAUUUUAUGAGAUUUCCGAGAAAGUAUUAUUCGUAAUUUGUAUUCUGGAAUAUAUUUUAUCUUCUAUUGAAUAAAUUUUGUUUUAGAC